UCGGUUUCCAUGGACCGUGGGAAUCUGUGACUACUGAAUAAAUGAUGCUUUGUUAUUGUGCUGUCUUAGAGCCAAAUCGAAUUUUUCAAAUUAUUAAUGUGUGGACUUUGACAGGACGGAAUGACAGCGGGGAGGAAAACGUACCGCUCGAUCUCACCAGAGACCCCGCAGACAACCUGCGCGAGAUCCUCCAAAAUGUGGCCAAACAGCAAGGGGUCUCCAACAUGCGCAAACUGGGCCACCUGAACAACUUCAUCAAGCUCCUCAGCAAUGUAGGCCACUCCGAGGACAAGUUGGGCUUCACUUACGAAGAAAUCAUCAUCUGCCUGCGGUUGGCCCUGCUGAACGAGGCCAAGGAGGUGCGCGCUGCUGGUCUCCGAGCCCUCCGCUACCUGAUCAGAGAUUCCGCCAUCCUCCAGAAGGUUCUGCGACUCCAGGUGGACUACCUGAUAUCCAGAUGCAUAGACAUCCAGCAGAGCAACGAGGUGGAGCGGACUCAGGCUCUGCGCCUGGUGCGCAAGAUGAUCACUGUGAACGCCCUAGUCUUCCCAAGCUCAGUCACUAACUCCCUCAUCGCCGUGGGCAACGAUGGGCUGCAGGAAAGGGAUCGCAUGGUGCGAGCGUGUAUAGCCAUCAUCUGUGAGCUGGCACUGAAGAACCCAGAGGUGGUGGCCAAGCGGGGAGGCCUAAGCACCAUCCUGAAGAACGUCAUCGACUGCCAGCUGAGCCGCAUCAACGAGGCGCUCAUCGCCACCAUCCUGCACCUGCUCAACCACCCCAACACGCGCCAGUACGUGCGGCCCGACGUCGAGCUGGAGCAAAUCCUCGCACCUUACACAGACUUUCACUACAGACACAAUCCUGACACUUCGGAGAGCCAGCUCAAAGAGGACAGAGAAGCUCGCUUUCUGGCCAGUAAGAUGUCAAUCGUGGCCUCCUUUCGCUCCUGGUCGGGCAUCAUUAACCUCUGCAAAUCAGGCAACUCUGGAAUCCAGUCCCUGAUUGGCCUGCUCUGUAUACCAAAUAUGGAAGUGAGGAGAGGGCUGCUGGAGGUCAUGUACGACAUCUUCCGCCUCCCUGUCCCCGUCGUCACGCAGGACUUCAUCGAGGCACUGCUCAGUGUGGAUCCCAGCAGGUUCCAGGACAGCUGGAGACUCGCUGAUGGCUUUGUGGCAUCAGAAGCUAAAAUUAUUCUCCCUCAUCGAGCGCGGUCAAGACCAGACUUGAUGGACAACUACCUUGCUUUGGUACUAUCUGCCUUCAUUAGAGGUGGACUCCUAGAGGGUCUCAUCGAGGUGAUCACUAGCAGCGAUGACAGCAUCUCAGUACGGGCCACCAUUCUCUUGGGAGAACUUUUGCACAUGGCCAACACUAUUCUCCCGCACUCACACAGCCACCACUUGCACUGCCUCCCCUCCCUCAUGAACAUGGCCGCCUCCUUCGACAUCCCCCAGGAGAAGCGAUUACGUGCGAGUGCUGCCGUGAACUACCUGAAGCGCUUCCACGAGAAGAAGAAGCGCGGGCCCAAGCCCAACAGCCUGUACCUGGACCACAUCCUCCGCAAGUCAGUGGCUGGCCACUACUGCAGAGAGCAGCACCCCAGGCCCCAGAGGGACAUCUACAGCAUCAAAGACACUGAGGAGGCACUAAUGGGGAAUCUGAGAGACAGCCACAUCCUCAACCACAAACACAACCUGGACUGGAACUGGGUCCUCAUCAGCACCAUACUCAAGUGGCCAAAUAUAAACCUGCGGAACAAUAAAGAUGAGCCGAUGCACAAGUUUGUGCGGCGGCUGCUGUUCUUCUACAAGCCCAGCAGUAAGCUGUACGCCGGCCUGGAGCUGGACCACAGCAAGGCCAAGCAGCUGACCGUGGUGGGCUGCCAGUUCAUCGAGUUUCUGCUGGAGUCAGACGAGGAUGGCCAGGGCUAUCUGGAGGAGCUGGUGAAGGAUGUGGUUCAGUGGCUCACGUCCUCGUCGGGGCUGAAGCCGGACCGCAGUCUCCAGAGCAACGGGCUGCUGAACACGCUCAGCCAGCACUACUUCCUGUUCCUGGGCACACUUUCCGCCCACCCCAAUGGCGUCAAGAUGCUGGAGAAGUGUGGCGUCUUCCAGUGUCUGCUGAACCUCUGCUCCCUGAAGAACCAGGACCACCUGCUGAAGCUGACCGUGUCCACGCUGGACUACAGUCGGGACGGCCUGGCCAGGGUCAUCCUGUCCAAGAUCCUGACCGCGGCCACGGACAACUGUCGCCUGUACGCCACGAAGCACCUGCGUGUGCUGCUGCGCGCCAACGUGGAGUUCUUCAGCAACUGGGGCAUCGAGCUGCUGGUCACGCAGCUGCACGACCGCAACAAGGCCAUCUCCAUAGAGGCGCUGGACAUCCUGGACGAGGCCUGCGAGGACAAGGCAAAUCUACAUGCACUUAUUCAGAUGAAACCAGCACUUACCCACCUGGGAGACAAGGGUGUAUUGCUGCUUUUACGGUUCCUGUCUAUCCCAAAGGGCUUCUCAUACCUCAACGAGAGGGGUUACGUGACAAAGCAGCUAGACAAAUGGCACAAGGAGUACAAUCUGAAAUACGUCGACCUGAUCGAAGAACAGUUGAACGAAGCUCUCACUACCUACCGCAAACCAGUUGACGGAGACAACUACGUACGACGCAGCAACCAAAGGUUACAGAGGCCAAAUGUUUAUCUGCCAGUGCACUUGUAUGGGCAGCUCGUCCACGAUAAGACAGGCUGCCACCUAUUGGAAACCCAGAAUGUGGUUCCUGACCUAAGCUACACUGUGCGCUCCCCUGUGCUGGACAAAUGGGAAGGCAUCAAGCAGUUAAAGGCAGCUCUCUGGGCUCUGGGUAACAUAGGCUCGUCCAACUGGGGCCUGAACCUGCUACAGGAGGAGAAUGUCAUCCCAGACAUAGUGGCUCUGGCUCAGCACUGUGAGGUCUUAUCCAUCCGAGGGACGUGUCUGUACGUGCUGGGCCUCAUCUCCAAGACCAAGCAGGGCUGUGAGCUGCUGAAGCAGCAGGGCUGGGACGCGGUGCGGCACAGCCGCCGGCAGCCGUGGCCCGUGGUUCCCGACGAGGUGGAGCAGCACCUCCAGCAGCAGCAGUACCAGCAGCACCUCCAGCAGCAGCAGCAGCAGCAGCAGCAGCAGCAGCAGCAGCAGCAGCAGCAGCAGCAGCAGCACACCACGCCGGGGGGCCUGCCGGCCAGCCUCCUCUCCUCCGUGCCCAGCACCCUCAGCCUCAACUCUGAGUCCACCAGCUCACGGCACAACAGCGAGAGCGACUCCACGCAGCCCAGCAUGUAUAUUCUGGAUGAUGACAAGCUGGACUGCUCUGAUCUGCCGGAGGACCAGCCCCUGUACAUGCGUCCCAAGCUGCUCAAGGACCGCAGCCCCUUCACCAUCCUGGCCUCCAGCCGCUUCGUGCGCAACCGCUUCCUCAUCUCCCUGUCGGGGAAGAAGCUGCGCAGCACCAGCGACCCCAAGGGCGGCGGCCUGUCCAAGACCCAGUCGGAGCCCAAGCUGGGCGGCCUGCGACGCAACCGCACCGUCACCGAGCCCUCGGUGUACUCGCCAGGCGGCGGCGACGUGUUCAGUCCCAUCUUCCCUCUGCCAGACGGGCAGAUGCUGCCGUGCUGCCCCACCGUGAGCCUGGAGACGUCUUUCGUUGGCAUCAAGACCAGCGAGAACCAGGGGAGCACGCCCAGCAUCAGCGAGCUAGAGAUGCGGCUGCCGAAGUCCAGCAGCGGUGGAGCGGUCGAGGCGGGGGUGACGGCAACGCCGAUGCAGUCGGUGAGGGAGCAGACGAGCCGGGAGAGGCUGGCAGGGGGGGACGGGCCGACGGGCGGGGGGGUGCAGUUCAAGAGCCGCAGCCAGAGCUUCAACACGGACACAACCACCAGCGGCAUCAGCUCCAUGAGCUCCAGCCCGUCGCGGGAGACGGUGGGCGGCCCCGAGUACCCCGGCAGCGGCUGCACCACGUCCUCGUCGGCGGCCGACACGGACUGCGCCAGCCUGGCCACGGUGGUGAGCGCGCAGACGCUGCAGGCGCUCACGCCGCAGUCCAACCACCUGUCGCUCUCCAAGUCCAGCUCGGUGCUGCUGGCGCCGCCGGGCUCCUCGCACACGCUUCCGCGCCGCGCCCAGUCGCUCAAGUCGCCCUCGGUGCCCUCCAUCGCCAGCCUGACGGACUGCAGCAGCUUCGUGUACACCAGCCAGCGGGACGCCCUGGGCUACGCCACGCUCAAGCGGCUGCAGCAGCAGCGCCUCCACGCCUCGCUCUCCCACAGCGAGGCGCUCGCCUCCCCCGCCAAGGACGUGCUCUUCACCGACACCAUCACCAUGAAGACGGGCAGCCUGGACUCCAGGCUCACUCCGCGCAGGUACACAAAAAAGCGCUUCAGCUGCCUGGGCCAAGGCUCGUCUGGGGCCCACCGCAGGCAGCCCCGAAUGCUCCUCCCACGGUUCCUGAAGGCCCUGAGUUUUGCGUCUCUGGAUAAGGAGGACCUUCUCAGCCCCAUCAGUCAGACCACGCUCCAGCGCUCCUCCUCCGUGCGCUCCAUGGUGUCCAGCGCCACCUACGGGAGCUCCGACGACUACAUCGGCCUGGCACUGCCCGUGGACCUCAACAACAUGUUCCAGAUCAAAGAGACGCCGUAUUUCCAGAAGAGAACAAGCCCACCAUCUGAGGACCGAUCAGCCAAGUUUUUCGCUGGAGAAUCUGAUGGCUCCAGUGAAGGCUCUCGACAUGCUGUGCUCCGGUCCCAGCUGAGCAUCACGGAGCUCAUGUCCGUGAGCCGGGCGGACCAGCAGCAGAUGCUGGACCUGGAGGAGACAGGCCUGCAGGAGCACAGCGAUGAGAACUGCCUCUACUGCGUGGGCCUGAAGGUGCUGGGCUGCAGCGCCAACAACUCCAGCUCCACCACCCCCAACCGGCCAGAAUUUCCUGAUGUGCCAUACUCGGAGUGGUGCCCAACGCCCGUCCACAGCCAGCUGGAGGUGAUGCCCCAGUCCAAGUUCUCGGGCGUGUCUGGCUGCAGUGACGCGGUGUCCCAGGGCUCGGCAGGGAGCACCCGGAGCACAGAGCUGGUGCUAGGAGUGAAGACCAUCCCUGAGGAUGCCCCAGCCUGUAGGGUCCUGCUACGGAAGGAGGUCCUGCGGCUGGUCAUAAACCUCAGCUCAUCCGUGGGAACCAAGGGCCACGAGACCGGACUCCUCACGAUUAAGGAGAAGUUCCCGUACGCGUUUGAAGACAUCUGCCUGUACUCGGAGGUGUCUAACCUCCUGGCCCACUGCAUGUUCAGGCUGACCUCCCGCCGCUUCAUCCAGGAGCUCUUCCAGGAUGUCCAGUUCACUCCGCUGUACGAGGAAGCCGAGAGCAUCCUGUCCAUGCCUCCAAGGUUAGGGGUGGUGGAGCCGCCCGCCGAGUCGUGAGGCCUUCUGUGUCCUGCCUCCCUGCCUCGCCCGUCCUCUCACUCCAACACUUCUGUGUCCUGCCUCGCCCGUCCUCCUCACUCCAACACUUCUGUGUCCUGCCUCGCCCGUCCUCCUCACUCCAACACUUCUGUGU